GACGGCGAUGCCAUCACAACACGAACACCGCAAAUGCGGACGACCACCUUCCCAAAGUCGUCGAACCCGGAGGUCUUUAUUACAGGCGGCAACUCCCGAAUGCCGCAAAAGUACGACACUCAUGCUAAGAGGAAAGCAAUGGGAACCAGCAAUACCACUCAAUAUGAUACGAAUAUUACGUCGAAAGCUGGAGCCGAACAUUCGGAGAGGUCGAAGAAAAGUGGGAAUGAUGAGAGGUCGAUGAAUCUUGGAAGUGAACAUCCUUGGGAUGAUCAUCCUGUUUUGCAUGAGGUUGAACGUGAACGUUCCCAAGAGAAUACCCUUGAUGAUGCUGAGAAAAUGGUUGUGGAGGGGAAUGGUGACAAUUGUCGUGUUGAUGGGGAUGGUUCGCGUAGAGGUCAGUCGGGUAGGCCUAUUAACCUUACAUUUCGCGAUCUCGAGGAUGAUAACGUUACAGGUGAUUCGAAAGGAGACUUGGUUGAAUCUACAUUCGUGAGAAAAAGGAUCCGUCGUGCGAAAACUAACGUUUUGGAUUCGCCCGGAGUGCCCGAGCCUACGCUCGGUAAUAAUCGGGUGAAACGGCAACCGGAUGCUGGUGAAACGGGAACUCAGAUUUUAAGAGCGCUGAAUGCGCUCCAUGCCGAGGCACUUGCAUCUCUUGAAUUUUGUGCACCGCUUGCUGGACGUGCACGUGUUCGUGAUUCGUGUUCGCAAUCUCAAUGCAGUGGACGCGAAAGAGAUGUGUGUGCCACAUCGCAGCCGCAAAAUCUUGCGGGUGUUAUUGUGGUGCCCGACGAUAAGGAUGAACCCGCACGUGCUCUGAAUCCACGUGCUUACCUUGGGAAAUGGUUCGAGGAUGCGAAGAAGGUUGGCAUACAAAAUGUCUUCACUGAGGUGUUUUUUGAAAUGUUUGUCAAAAGUGUCACAGCCGGGAAUGCGACGAAGGCCGCUCGCCAUUUCACGCAGCCCAAGUACUGCAAGAUUGCGGGGAUGAGAGUUCUCGCGGAUAUCUGGAACAACACCGGGUACACGUUCAUGGACAAGAGUGCUCGGCGGGUCCAGAGGUGGAUGGCAGACGAGGGGAUUCGGGAUACGAGAUCGACCACGGAUGGGCAGCGGCCACAGGCAGACGAGGCAGAGGGGGACGAGAUGCAGGACUUCCUCGAUGCACAGGAGGGGGGCAAGGGCGGGGUCGACGAGGCGGGGAUGGCGUCACGACCAGAGUUGGAGCGCGCUAGGAGGGACAAGAGGAAAGUGGGGAAGGAGGACGUUGACGUGCGGGACACGGCGAGGGAGAAGAGGGCACGUCCGACGACGAUCGAUGAGCUGUACGCGAAGGAGAAGUUGAGCGAGUUCACUGACGCGUGGCUGCAGUGGAUCUACGCGAAGGGGUUGUCGUUCAACGCCUUCAGAGUGCCGGAGUUCCAGAGGGUGCGUCAGGCGGCGGAGAGAGUCCCCCACAACGUUCGCUUCUAGUUUCCCUCCUACAGGGUUACAGCGCGCCCGGGAUCCCUUCGCAGAAGGGGAAGGUGGCGACGAUGGUGAGCGAGGUGCGGGCCGCUUUCCGGCACACGGGUGCCACCAUCCUCUCCGACGGAAGGAAGUCAUGUAGCGGCAAGCCGCUCGUGAACUUCCUGGCCGGGGGCGCUAAAAAACGACAAAAAACGAGAUGCACAAGUUCUAUUGCACCGAACGGCCCUCGUGACGUGAACUCUGGCCAAAACACGAUGCCCACGGAAAACAAACGCGCCCUGAUCUA